UAGGUCGUCACCGACUUCUAUGGAGUAAGUAGAGCAUAAUUAGGGUUUCGGAAUUUUGAGCCCUAGAAGAGCUCGUAGGUCUCGUCGUCGUCGUCGUCGCCAUUGACGAUGGAGAAGCGGAGAGAGGCGAAGAGGAAAAAGUUCCACGAGGCGCUCCUCAAUCUCUACCACCCCCCACCUCCUCCUCCUCCCCACGAUUCCCCUCCUCGCUUAGAUGAAGCGGAAUCCGUUGAGGUGUUGUAUAGAGACACAGACCUGGAGUUUGACCCAGACGGGGAUUAUGCGAGAAAGGAACGCUCAUCGAGCAGUGAAAGCGAUUGUGGUUCGAAGACACUCACAAGGGCUCAGAGGAAGAGGAUUCGGAAAAGGAAGCUGAAGGAAGGCGCGACAGUUAGAAGAAAAGUUAUUGGACCUUUAUUGCCAGAAGGUUAUCAAGAUCAGGAAAAUCAACUUUCCGAUGGCCAAAAGAAACCAUUAGAUGAAAAAUCAUUGGGGCACUCAGCAAAUUAAAUGCUGGGUUCAAGCUAGGAGAACUAAGAGCUUCAGAAUUAGAAAUUUUUUUUUUUUUCCUGAUCAGAACGAUGAAUUGAUGAUCUUCAGAAAGAAUUGAUGUGACUAAAGAAGAUUAAAUUUGAUGGAUUUGUGCCAAAUGGACUGUAGUUUGCCGUUGCAUCUCUGCCGAUUUGGAGCUGCUUGGAUUGUCCUGGGUGAAGCCAUGAAGGCACCGGUCGGCAAAGAUCCAAAUUUGCAACUGUUGUAUUGCAUAGAAGUGUGAGAGAUCACGUAAUGAUAUUCCUUGCAGUGCUAUGAAAUUGUAAUUAAGAUAAUGAAGACCGACUUCUUGUAUAGUCAAACAUUGUGUACAGAUGCGAGAGCAAAGCAAUUCAAAAUUUGUUUUUUGUCCCAACUGUGAGCUAUAACCUUUACUUUUUGUUUCAUAUAUUUGGUUUUGCUGAUGUACAUUCGUCUCGUUCGACUCUAUGAAACUAAAUUGUCUAAUGCA